AUGGCGUGUGAACAGGGAAACUCGGGUCUGGGUGUGCCUGUGAGCUCUCACACCGGGGAUUCUGCCAUCAGCAUCAAGGGUGGCCGGCUGCUGUGUGACGGCCAAAGGAGCUUGCAGGGCUCUGACCUGAGCUACGAUCUUGGUGAAGGGAUCAUGGAGGAUGACGAUAAUGAUGACUAUGAGAACACAGCCCCGCCCUAUAAGGACCUUCCUCCAAAGCCAGGCUCGAUGCCUCCACCAAGACCUCCAAGAGCAGGUGAGCUGGGGCUGGGGGCUCAGAAGAGCUCCGCUCUGGGCCCAGGCAGCUGCUCCCCCUCCUCAUGGAAGAACCUGGAGGACCUUCCACUUCCUCCCAAGCCCCUGAAGACGACAGGCCUGGACCUCCCGCCUGUCACCUGCCCAUCUCGUCAGUCGGGGGUCGAUUUGGAGCCUCCUCCAUUCCAGCCCUCCCUAACCACCACUCCGGUGUCCUGGAUUCAUACAAGGUCCAGGGGCUCAGUGUGCCACCAGGAAGACAGACUGACGGUGGCCCUGUGUCUGCUGGCGGCCACCUCUCUGCUCCUGAGCUCUGUCGGCCUGGCUGUGACCGUGAUUAAGUACCAGGAGGUGGCGGAGAAACUGAGGCUGUUGAGCUUGGAGCAGAUGUCGUGGCGAGAGCACGUGACGGGCAUGGCAGGACUGGCUGGCUUGAAGAUGGACAUUGACCAUGUAAGAGCUAACGUGAACCAGUCCCUGGUGGAACUUCGGGGCCUAUUAGACUGUUCCAGGGUCACCUGUCCUGAUGGCUGGGUCCCUUUUGAGGGCAAGUGUUACUACUUCUCCUCAAACACCAAGUCCUGGGAUGACGCCAGGAGUUUCUGUCAGGAGAGUUAUUCCCACCUGGUCAUCAUCGAUAGCUUCGCUGAGCACAAUUUUGUCACCAAGACUCACGGCUCUCCGAGGGUGUACUGGCUGGGGCUGAAUGACAAGGAGCGAGAAGGGGACUGGAGGUGGCUGGAUGGCUCUCCUGUCACGUUAAGCUUCUGGGACCCUCAGGAACCCAACAACAUCCAAAAUGAGGACUGUGCCAGUAUGAACAAGGGUGGAACUUGGAAUGACCUCUCUUGUGCCAAAACUACAUAUUGGAUUUGUGAGCGGAAGUGUUCCUGUUGACCCCCAGGGGUGAAGCGGGGGCCGGGGGUCCCAAACCCAGUGUGCCCCCCUCUUGGAGGUGAGAACGUCUCUUCCUUUCGUGGAA